AUGACUCGCGUUAUCGAUCGAAACUCUUCGGUUCCAUCAGAAGGAAAUGGACCUGAACGUGUGCUUAGCGACAGCAUACGAAACGAUCAUAUAUACCCAGUGAAUAACUCAGUAAUGGACGGAGAUCGAGAACCACCUGCUAUCCGACUGGGUUUCAAACCCAUUCCGCAAAAAGGAAGGAUAAACGAACGACUAGGAAAACGACUUUCCAUAAUUUAUUUGGCUGUGGUGAGCAUUUUUGCGCUCACAAUUUCAAUUUCGUUGAUCGUCGCUAUCGUUUCAACAGCUAAAUCAAAAAGUGAAGAACCAGCACCUACGAUCACUACCGCGAGCGUUGGUGGAACAUCAACUACUAUGUCAUCGAAGAGAACGCAAACUGCCUCGAUCUCUGUAACGUAUUCACAAUCUAUUUCAUCAAGCAAAUCAACUCUAAGAUUCUCUACAAUGACGAAGACUAAGUUGGAACCAACAUCAAGAAAAUCUACCCGAAGAAGCUCCACAACUACAACGAAUGAGCCGCAAAUUUCAAUUCACUGUAUGUUUGUUGGAGACGUACUCAAUUUGGGCAGGGACUCGAUAGCGGUCUAUCAGUACUAUGAGGACAAAUGUAGCGGGAUAUACGAUCAAACCAAAUUACGUGCACUACAAAAGAAUUGUGGUUGUCAAUAUGGCCGGAGGAGACUUCAGCAAGAUCUUAGACGAUAA